AUGAAGAAAGGCUCCCUCACCAUCCUGCGGAGGCCCAGCAGCAAGAACCUGGCGGGGCGCGGGUCACGGCACUCCUCCUCGCAGGACGACGACGCCGUGGACGCCGUCGACCUCGCCAACGACGCCCCGGCAGUCGAACCCGACGCCUGCGAGAAGGCCGCCCUCAGGUUGCGGAGCCUCCUGCGCCACCUGCAGCAGGGCGAAGUCCCGGCCGCGGUCCUGCAGCAGAACCUGCAGUUUGCCGCUGACGUUCUCGAGUCUGUCUACCUUGACGAGGCGAGGUGUGAGGAGCAGCAGGAUCGGGCUAUAACCAUCAGUCUUGAGCCUCCAAGCAGGAAGUCUAGGAGAGUCACAUCGAACGACAAAUCCUCAAGGAGGCAGGUCGGCGACGAGGAGGACGAGCUCUCCGAGGUGGAACCCGACGCCGUCCCUCAGGAGGUGCGGGAGUGGCUCGCCUCGACCUUCACCCGACAGCUCUCCACCUCGCGCAGGAAGACGGACGAGAAGCCGAGGUUCAGGUCAGUAGCCAGCAUCCGGGCCGGCAUCUUCGUGGAAAGGAUCUACCGGCGGCUCUCCUCUGCCACCUUCCUUCAGCUGCCUCCUGAAGUCACCGAGAUCCUCAAGAGUGUGGACGACUGGACCUUCAACGUUUGGAAACUGCAGGAGGCGAGCAACAACACCCCGCUGCGCUGCCUGGCGUACGAGCUUCUCAACAGAUACGGUCUCCUACAUAAGUUCAAGAUGCCUCCCGCGACGCUUGAGACCUUCCUGACGCAGAUCGAGGCCGGAUACUGCAAGUACAAGAACCCUUACCACAACAACGUGCACGCGGCCGACGUCAUGCAGACCAUGCACUACAUGCUCUCUCAGACCGGUCUCAUGAACUGGCUGAACGACGUGGAGAUCCUGGCGACGCUCAUGGCAGCCCUCAUCCACGACUACGAGCACACGGGAACCACCAACAACUUCCACGUCAUGUCCGGCUCGGAGACCGCCAUCCUGUACAACGACCGCGCGGUCCUCGAGAACCACCACAUCUGCGCCGCCUUCAGACUGCUGCGCGGCGAAGACCACAACGUGCUGGUGAAUCUUUCUCGCGAGGAAUACAGGGAGUUUCGCUCGCUGGUGAUCGAGAUGGUGCUGGCCACGGACAUGUCGUCGCAUUUCCAGCAGAUCAAGGCCAUGAAGACGAUGCUGGCCCUGCAGGAUACUAGCCUGGACAAAGCCAAGGCCCUGUCCCUGGUGCUCCACUGCUGCGACAUCUCCCACCCGAGCAAGCCGUGGCACCUUCACGAGCGCUGGACCACGCAGCUGCUGGAGGAGUUCUUCAGGCAGGGCGACAAGGAGCGCGAACUCGGCCUGCCUUACUCGCCUCUCUGCGACAGGAACAACACCCUCGUCGCGGAGAGCCAGAUAGGUUUCAUAGACUUCAUCGUGGACCCCAGCCUGGGCGUUUGCGGAGACCUGCUGGACAAAGUGGCCGCCCUCUCCGUCCCCCCCUCCACGCCCACCAUCGCCGAGGAACCGCAGAAUGACCACCUGAUGCCACCGGUCGUUGCAGAGCCCGGAGGUCCCAUCAAACGCCCAGUCCGACCCUGUGGUGUUGUGGGCUCGGAGGUGCGGCGCCCGUGGCAGGACUGCCUCUCGGCGAACAAGAGUCGAUGGAAGGAGCGAGCCACAAAGACGCCGAGCUCCGAGCCGAGGCCGCCCUCAGAAACGAGAAGGUCAACGGCGACGCAGAGGACUCCGUGAUAGAGGACACGAUCAAGGAAGAAGACGAGAACAAGGAGAACAACGGAACGGCAGAAGAGAACGAAGAGGAGAAGACGGAGGAAAACGAAUGAGGAUGAAAGAUGAUGAUGAUGAUGUUGAUGGUGAUUGAGUGUUGUUGGUGGUGAGGAGUGUGGGACAGAGUUACUGGACGAAGAAAUGAUGGACUUGUUAAAGAGUGACAAUUAAAGAGGUUUCUUCAAAAAAAAGCCAAUUUUUUUAUAAGAUAAGAGUGGCUCGUUGUAUCUUCUGGUACAUAUGAUAAAUACGAUAAUAGAAAAUAAAAGAAAAACUCAAUAAACGAUGGAAAUAGAGUCGGAAGAUACAAGUGAACGCUGUGAUCUAAGAGAGAGAAAAAAAAGAAAGAAAAAAAAAACACUGUGGCAUCUGUAGUGUUUCCUCCCCGUUUUCCUUUGUGUGAAAUACCUUGACUGGAAGUAGAAAGAACACGAGGAAAAGGAGAGAACGAAGCGGACUUGGGCGAGAAGCGGAAAGGGGGAACCGAGAUGGAGUGAGACAGCGCCGUGGUCUCUCGCCGAGGCUGGGCUGACUCCGAGGAGAAUCCCGUUGGGUCUCCCGAGUGGAAGGCGAAAUAUUUUCAGGACUCUUUUCUUCGCUGAUUUCUCUUCUUAUUAAAUAUAUAUAUACACGUCACACUUUGAA